AUGCCUCCAAGAGACACAGUUUCCAUCGACCAAUCUAGACACUGUGCUCCCUCGUUCACAAUGCCCAAACCUGUGGCAGAGAAAGGCUCGUCGGUGACCUCGAGUGAGUCCAAGUGCAGUGUGUGCCAGCAGUACAAGCGUUCGGCCGAGCUGUCCAUCCGCUACGGCCAGUACGCAUGCCGCUUCUGCUUCCGGUUCUAUGCUGCUUUCCUGAGGAAGCCCAAGAAAUUUGUCUGCCCCAAGGAUGGAAACUGCAACCUCGCACAGCCGUCCAAGUGCAAGGGAUGCCUCGUGCAUGCGUGCUGGAACUUGUUUGACAUCCCGGCUCCCCUGAAACAUCGCAUGCAGCGACACCUUCGGCCGCCUCGGGGUGACUGCCGUCCACGGCGGCCGCCACGGAAACGGAGAUUGUCUGAGGACAAGACACGUGCUGAGAACCUCUCAGAAAUGCCAAAGCCUGUUCUUUCUAGUCCAGAGGAUUCACAGGAUACCCUGACUUCCAGCAGUGAUUCAAUCAAGAGCACCCACGGGCCACGCAUCAAGCACGUGUGUCGGCGCGCUGCUGUUGUACUGGGGCAGAAGCGGGCCACCUUCUCCCCGGCGCCUGCCGGCCGCAUCAGCCUCAGUGCCCUGUCCGAGGAGGACAAGAGCCGCCUUGCUGUGCACCACUCAUCGCAAGAAGAAGAUUCCUCUCCCGAGGUGCCCGAGCGGAACCGCCGGAAGGACGACAGCAAAAAGAGGGACGACAGCGGAGGCAGGAAACGGGACGAGGGGGGCCGGAGGAGGGAUCACGAGAGGAGAGGCGGCGGCAGCGCACCCGGAAGGGACGAUGAGCAACACCACCCACCGCCGCAUGAGAGGUCGCGUCGCGGCAAGGACCACAACUACAGGACGGACCACCAACACCACCGCGACCAGCAUCAGCGGCAGCGGCAGCAGAGUCAAGACGAGGAGCAUCAGCAGCACCAGCCUGACCGGCAGCAGCAGCAGCAUGGGCAGGAGCAGAAAGAUGGCAGUACCGCCAGCGAGCGGGAGUUGCCGCGGCAGGAGGAGCAAAGUCAACAGGAGAGGAGAGAGGGCACCGCAAUGAGCGGUGAUGAGAGCAAGGUCGGCCAGGAGGAGAAGCAAGGAGCGGAGGAGGCGGAAGAAGUACCGAGGGCACCGGAGGCGAAGAAGAGGAAAUCGGAGACCGACGAAACGGGUGCAGGGGGCCCGGUGGUGGAACAGCUCGAUCAGCUGGUGAAGCAAGUGAAGCAGGAGGAUGUCAGUGACGAAUUGGGCCCGCCGGCAACGCAGCCUUCUAGAACGCAGUCGCCCGACAUCGCCGAGGAAAAGGAGCAACCUUCGGAGGCACCGAUGGAAGAUCUCGCCUCAGAUAAAAGCGGAGAAGGAGAGGCGCCGGUGGAGACAUCGAGGUCCGGUAGGGCGCUGCGACGCAAGACGGAUCAGCACCGGGGAUCUUUGGCCAACCUUGGUUACGUGAGGGUUCGCAAGGGCCGCUGCAACCAAUGUCCAGGAUGCUUGGCUGAAGACUGCGGCAAGUGUGUCUGUUGCCGGCAUAGGCGCUGCUCGAACUUGUCUCUGAAGCCGUGGAACCGUCCUGCACUGACCGAAGCGAGUGAAGCAGAGCUGGCUUCGGAGCAAAGUCAAAGGAGCCCCCCGGAGUCGUGCAAGAUCGAGGAGGAAGCCGGCGACAAGCCGGAAGCCGAGUCGAGAACGAGGAGGAAGCCAAAGAGGAUGCUGCCACCAAAGCCAGUGCAGAGGUACAGGCCCAAGCUGGACAAGUACAAGCGGUUGCUGAGACAGAAGGAGAAAGCCGAUGCCGAAGAGUCGAGAGGGGCCAAAGAGAAUGGUUCCUCGGCUGGUGGUGUUACCGCUGACCAGGAGACUGCAAGCCAGGGCAGCUGGGAGAACAGCAAUGGCAGCACCAGUACCGCUGCCAGCAGUACUGGUGGCAGCAACAGCGCAGCUGCCAAGGAGGCCAGGCUGCAGGCAAAGGUGAAGUACUACAUCUGGGAGACGUGA